GAAGAGUGAUACAAGAGGUCGGUGGUGUAGAGAUAUACAGGAUCGCAAUGCCACACGUGCGGUCACGGAACCCAUCAUGGCUCGCUCGGCCCUCACCAGCAUCGCGCCUGUUCGAGCAACAUGACCGCUCCUCCCCCGCUCACCAACACGACGAAGGACCGUCACGAAGAUUGGCGCAUCGCGGCACCGAGCUCUUUGUAGCAGUCGGCAACGAGCUGCGAUGGAGCGAUCUCGUCUCGCUGAAGGCGAGCGGUGAAGCUCCGCCCGCACAUCCCGAGGCGCCAUACCGGACACUGAAAACGUCUGUCGCCCGCCCCAUCCGCCAACUCUCCGUCUCCCCCAGCGGCGACUGCAUCGCCAUCGCCACCACCCACACCUGCCAUGUCGCCUUGUUACCUUCGUCAAGCCACCUCCACUCCGGCGACUACACCCCCCUCCGCCUCAAAACCUUCCAGCUCGGACCCACCGCUCACGUCCUCGAGCAAGCACCGCUCAUAUCCCUACUAUGGCAUCCCCUGUCACCCACCGGCAACGCCCUUGUGACCCUCACCCAGGAUGCAUGCAUUCGCCUCUGGGAGCUCGAUCGCUCCAACCGCUCCACCUUCGACGAGCCCUCCCUAGCGGUCGACCUGAAGAAACUGGCCAAUGCCACAUCGACGCAGGCCGACUUCAGCGCGAGUAAAUACGGCACCAGUGUCGCCUUCUCGCCCGACAAUGUCGAGAUGCAAGCAGCGGCGGCAUGUUUCGGCGGGCGGGGCGCGGAAGACGAGCAUGGCUGGGCUAGCAUGACGCUUUGGGUCGCCAUGACCGAAGGAGAUGUCUAUGCGCUAUGCCCGUUCUUACCUACGAAAUGGCGAGCGCCGGUAACGCUGUUGCCGAGUCUGAGUACGAGUGUCGUCGCCAGGCAACGGGCGGUUGGGGCGAGCGAGGAGGCGACGGAGAGUGAGCGGCGGGUUGUGGAGCAGCAGUGCGCGUGGCUUGCUGAUUUGGACGCUCAAGAUCCGAUUCUGUUGGCCGUCGGCGAUUCAGAGUACGAUUAUGAUGAGGUCUAUAACCGUCCUGAGCGGCCAGGCGCUGUAGCCAAGCUGCAAGGGCCAUUCUAUGUCGGACCGGAUCUUGAUUCCGGAGAUAUCACCGACAUUCACGUGAUUGCACCGAAGCUGGACAACGACGCUGUUUACGACGAGGAGUACGAAAUGCUCGACCCAGGAGAAUCGGGCUUGAGUGUAGGGAUCGUGUGCUUACUCACGAGUAAGGGCAAAGUGCAGGUCUGCCUUGACAUAGACGUGGUGGAGGCCGAGUGGCUUCCCGCAAAGCGCUCCCGGACCUUCACGCCAGACGAUGAGGACGACGAUAAGGAACUCCUACUCUUCCACACCGUCGAGCUGUGCAACACCGAAGACCGAGAGGAAAGCUGGCCCACGUUCACCCCUUCACCUCUGGAUCGCUACGAAGUCUUCGCAACCACUAAGUCUGGCAUCAACACUCUCGACUUCAACCCCUGGAUCAACAUGCUAGAAGACGAACUCUCCAGCUCCGCAGAUGAAGGGAUAGACUUCCGACUUGGAGCCCUCUUAGCCUCUGCCACAACAAGCGUCAAUAAUAUGGUCUCCAUUCCCUCUUACGACGGUGCAAAACACCUGGACCUCAACGCCGCUCUCGCCAUUUAUGACCCCGCAAACGUAGGCUACAUGCUCCUCACCCUCACAAACGGCACGUCGCACUCCGCACUGCUUGACCUUCCUCUGCCCGCGUCACAUCCGUACGCGCCUGACACAACCGACAUGACCGCCGCUUUGCCAGCGCCGGAGACACAGGCCCCGUAUCAGCCUGCUGAGGUGUUCCUCCAACCCUCCGCCCUCCCCCAGCUCAUCCGCUCGGCCAACGACAAACGCUUACUCGGCUCGGAUCUGAAGGCAGCAGCCGUCCGAUUCAGCCCAGCGACCCUACAGCUCAUGACGGAAGCACAUCGCAUUCUGAGCGAGGAGACGCAUAGGCUCGGCCAGGCGGCGGCGGAGUUGUUUCGAAGGUGUGAGCGCAUGCAGCGGGAGCUGAGGGAGCAGGUUAAGAGGGUUGGGGAGGUGGGGGAGAGGGUUGAGCGUGCUAUUAGUGGGGGUGACGACGAUGACGACGACGAUGAUGAAGAAGGGGAGGGAGGUCAGGCAGUCGAUAUGCGGGACGGCCGGUUGGCACUCCGUGUCACCGAUCACGUCGAUCAGAGAGUCGAGGACGCGAGACAUAAGACGGAGGAGUUGCACGAUCGUGUUGACCGGUUGGGAGCGAGGAUGCGCGCGUUGGGUGGGCGGAAGUUGUCGACGCAGGAACGCGGCUUUGCUGAGGAGGUGGAGAGGAUUCGGCACAGCAUCUCUCUUUCUACGACGGCGGGGGUAGAAGCAGCACCUCCGACCGAGCCUGGAGCACUGUUGCGGUUGGAGAACUCUGCUGCUGACUUGGCCGCCCACGAGCAAGAAGCAGGACGAGAACGAGGAGGGGAACACGCAGAAGCAGGUUCUUUGGUGGGGAGAUUGGAGAGUGUACGAGCUUUGCACGAACAGCUUUUACAGGAAGCUGGUGAGGUUGUUGCGCGGUUGGAGAAGGGCGGAGAUGGCAGAGGGGAUGGAGAUGGGGCAAUGGGGAUGACCGAGUUCCGCCGCAAGAAGAUGAAGCAGGUGCAGGGGUUGGUGGAGCGGGAGACGGCGAUGCUUCAGGGGGUCGUGGGGAGGUUGGCUAGACUGAGCACCGGAUGAGUGUACUUCGUGAAGCAUGCAAAUAUGACGCUUAACUAAAGCGCGGGAGGCUACACACUAUCGUCGCCAAACGAAGUGGAGGACACCGUGAGUGAGUCAUUGAACACCGCACCUCCGAUCGAUCAGGGAGAUACGGGCUUCGCUUUCGCAUUAGCUUGGAUAGAGUCAUCGUAACCGAGCUUGACGCGCUUGCUGGCCGGGGACGAGCUGCGACGGAUGAAAAGACAACCAGAGAUCAGACAUUGUUAUAUGUAAGCCAUGGGCAGAGGAAAAUCUUCAUGAACCAUGGAGCAACUGCCUUAAUCCUUCCACUCCGUUCCCGUUCCCCAGGUCAGUAAUCAGCAGCGGCAGUGAAGGAACAUAGGGCUGUGAAUAUAUC